CGACCACUAGUAUCACUGUCACCGCUGAUUGCCGUCCGAACCGAUAGGCUUAAUGAGACUGGCAUAAAAGUAUUGCAUUCAGUGCGAAAUCGCGCUUGCUACGAAACGGUUUAUUGACAACAACGACGGCAGAUAUAGCGUAACGAGAAACGACUUGCUAAGUUCAUUUUUUAGAAACAAAUUUCGAAGGAUUCCUACUGACAUUGGAGGUGGGUGGUAGAUAAAUUACAAAGCGGCGCAGUUAGUUCUGAGCUGAGAAGAUGCGCUUACUUCUGUCGGCAGCUUUGUUGCUGUUGGUUCUUACGCUGACUACGGCUGUGCCACUGCCAGUUCAGGAAGACCAAGAUGAGUCAAUAUCGAGCAUUGAGAUUCCGGAUUCUGAUUGGCUAGAUAAAAUAGAGAUAAUCCUGCAUCGAACCAGCGCAUCAAAAGAGUCACUGAAGAAACGCGCAGCGGAUUCCGUACCCGACGUGGAUUUGUGUAACCACCAUAAGCGUGAUAAGGACAAUUACGAAGUUAGUGGGGAGGACCCUUAUGAACGUUAUUUCCAUAUUGAAAAACCCUAUGAGAGUGAAGUUCGCAGAAAGCGGCAGGAAAAUGACGAUAACAGCUCUUCAGUGGAGAAAGGCGGUGAAAAAGAUACAAAGAUAUUAGAUGAACGCCGUCGAAAGCGUAAAACCGAUGACAGCUCAUCUGAGGAAGAUUCGUCUGAAGAAAAAGGCAAACCAGGUGCCCCCGGAGCAAGUGGAGGCGAAGAUGCUAAAGGAGCGGAUGGUGCACGUAGAAAGCGGGACGCCGAUGACAGCUCAUCUGAGGAAGAUUCGUCUGAAGAAAAAGGCAAACCAGGUGCUUCCGGAGCAAGUGGAGGCGAAAAUGCUAAGGGAGCGGAUGGUGCACGUAGAAAGCGAGACGCCGAUGACAGCUCAUCUGAGGAAGAUUCGUCUGAAGAGAAAGGAAAACAAGGUGCCCCCGGAGCAAGUGGAGGCGAAAAUGCUAUAGGAACGGAUGGUGCACGUAGAAAGCGAGACGCCGAUGACAGCUCAUCUGAGGAAGAUUCGUCUGAACAAAAAGGCAAACCAGGUGCACCCGGAGCAAGUGAAGGUGAAGGUGCUAAAGGAGCGGAUAGUGCACGUAGAAAGCGAGACGCCGAUGACAGCUCAUCUGAGGAAGAUUCGUCUGAAGAGAAAGGCAAACCAGGUGCCCCCGGAGCAAGUGGAGGCGAAGACGCUAAAGGAGCGGAUGGUGCACGUAGAAAGCGAGACGCCGAUGAUAGCUCGUCUGAAGAGGACUCUCUAGAUGAAGAUAGUUCAUCUUCGUCAAAGGAAGAUUUACCUGUUUUAAAGGAAGGCAAUGCAGAGUACGCUCCGCGUUUUGGACGAAGUGUUCGCAAAAAUACCAUAUCUGAUGAAAGCAAGGAAAAUCUUGAUGAUGGAGCAAUGUUAAGUUUAGAUUUCGCUGAAAAUAAUGAGUUCAACGAAGUAAUUGAUUCAAAGAAAGAAGAAGACACCUCACUAGAAGACUAUGUGCAAGGUUGCGAGGUGAUGGAAGCCGAUUCAGACGAAGCCAACGAAACGACCUACAUAGAGGAUAGACGCAAGCGGUCAGUGGAGAGGGAAGAGAGUGCUGAAGCAGUUGAAGAUUUGGCAUCUAAUUCCGUAGAAAGCGAAGAAAAUCGCAGAAGUGAAAAAAGUGAGGAAAACAAAGAAUCCAAUGAGGGUGACUUGAACUUAAUUUGGGUUAAACGACGAGAUGUCAAUAAUGCCGUUCAAGCAGAUGAAUCGUGAGAAGAGUAGAAAGUUCUUUGCCUAAACGUUUGAAAGUAAAAGAGUUGGAGAGGAGAGGAAGCGAGUCAAAACGAUUUAUUAAUAACUUAAAACAAAUUUGAUGCUGUAUUUUGUAAGAUUUGUUUUAAUGUCUUUUAAAUAAUAAAUUUUAAACUUAAGCUAAUUUGAUGUGUGAAAAAAAGCAUAACAAAAGCAGAUAACUGA